AUGUCCCACCAACUCCCCAAAGUCACCCUCUUCUAUUCCCCUGGCGCAUGCUCUUACGUCCCUCACGUCGCCCUCAUCCAUGCCAGCAUACCAACCAACCUCAUCCUCGCCAAAGUUGGCGCCAUGAGCCCAGAAUUCCUCAAAAUCAACCCCAAACGGCGCGUUCCAGUUGUGGUCGUCAACGACGAGAUAGUCACCGAGAUGGCCGCAGUCCUGACGGCAAUCGCCUCGCUUGUGCCCGAUCAAAAGCUGCUGGGCACCACCUCGCUCGAGACGAUUCGCGUCUACGAGUGGUUGAACUACCUCUCCACAGUGGCGCACAACCAGGCCACGGCACAGAUCUGGCGUACAGAGCGGUUCACUGAUGAUGUCGCGGCCUACCCGGCUAUUCAGGCUAAAGGACGAAAAGUGAUCCAGGAGGUGUAUGCGUUGAUCGAGGAAAAGCUGCGCGGAAGAGGGGAGGAGACGGGUUAUGCGGUAGGGGAUGCCUUCACCGUCGUGGAUCCGUUCCUGGUUGUGGUAUAUCUGUGGUCUAUACGAUUGGGAUUCGGGGAUAUGGAGAGCAGGUUUCCGCGGUUUGUCAUGUAUGCGGAGAGGCUGCUUGGAUUGGAGGCGUUUGGCCUGGCAGCAAAAUUGCAUGGUUUUAGGUGA